AUGGGAAAUGAAAAGAACAAGGAAAUGAUCCGAUGCGAACUUGAGAGCUAUGUUGCGGAAGAAAUGAAAAGCGUAUCUCCAAGCACAAGGCAGAUGGAUGCCAUCGAAAAAAUGGCAUCAUUACCAGAAAAAAACUUUGAGGACCUGGUCUCGGAUAUUGUGAAUGAGAUGAGGAGGAGAAGUAAUGUUCCGUCUAUUUCUCCCGAGACGCCGAUGCAAUGGAAGCUUUCCAGAAUCCAUGAGGACGGAUUCAAAAGCCUUGUUUUAGAUCUUCUACUGGUGAUGAAUCAAAGGUCUCCAGAGGAUAAGCGUUCUUCAGAAAAUGUUCAUGGAUUAAUCAACAACCUUGACAAGCUGAUAUCCUCGCUUAAGGAAGACAUGAUGAAUGAGGAAAAGAUGGCAGAAGACAUAUGCUCUUCUCGUGACAUUUCAGACAAGUUUAUGAUGUUCAUCGAGUACAGCCGUAAUGUCUUUGACCGGAAUGGCGAGUAUAUCAAGGUCCAUGAACGAGAGGAUAUCAAGGUCCAUGAACACAUGAUGAAAGAAGUUAAGGAAUACUUUGAGGCUCAGACAAUUGAUGGGCCUGACUUGACAAUUAACGUGGAUGUUCUGCUGAAAAAGUGUGAUAGAUUGAAGCAUAGCAACCUUCCUGAAUACAAGUAUCAUAGAAACAAUAUCCAAAGGCUGAAAGCCAUGGACCUAGGAAUAGAGGUGAAGAAAAGACUGAUAAGAGACGAGGUGCUGCAAAUAUAUUCCAUUUUUGUGACGGAAAGCACUAACCUAAAGGGAGCAAGAGAAAAGCAGCUUGAAUGUAAGGUCAAUAGCCUUGUAGAUGUUCUAUGUAAGAUUAAAAGUGACGCUGAAGAAGGAAAAGAGAUAGAUGCUUACGAGUACCUCGAAGAUGUGGCUAGUUCCAGUGGAGAUAUCCUCGAGCUUGUUGAAAACAUGGAGCUGGAAAGCAAAGCCUAUCUGGACCAGUUGAAAACAAAGAUAGCUGCUUUAGAGCAAAUACACAAUAGAAGUAGUGGCGAAGAGCCGCUUCCAGCUAUGUUUUCAACGAUAGAAGCCGUGAAGAGAGUGCUGACAGACGUUCCCAGAAGUCAAGGAAGUUCGUAA